AUGGCGGACGCGCCAGAUAAAAUUUCCAUCACAAUAUGCGGGGACGGUGGAUGCGAGGAUUCGUACUCGGUCACACGAACUAUCGACGGUCUCCCCUACUUUUUGUCCAUCACCGACACGGCCGGCCAGGAGGAAUAUCGCGGGCUAUGGACGGCAUCUAACUUGAAGUCCGACGCCUUCCUGCUCGUCUACGACAUCACCAACGAAUCCAGCUUGAGCGCAUUGGACGACUUCAUGGAAUUGAUCAAUAUCGAAGCGGAACAGCGCGUGGAAGAUAACCAGCGUCUGCUGAAGGAACUAGGGGGCGAUGCGCAGGGCUUAGACGUGGGCAUGCCGCCCCCGAUCAAGAUCGUGGCAGGGAACAAGUGCGAUCUCAAAGAGGGGCGCGUCAUUGGCGCGCGGGAGGGUUUGGAGUAUGCUCGAAAACAUGGAUGCGGGUUCAUGGAGACAAGUGCUCGAGAGAUGGUCAAUAUCGAGGAGACAUUUGCGCUCCUAGUCCGCCGUGUCGUGGAGGCUCGCCGACUUCAUUACCAGAGAGGGACAUCGGCGACUAAUGCGCCACAGCCCCCAGGGCCUUCGACCGAGAAACCGACCGACGCAGCAGCAGCACCUGAAAUAACAAAUUCCCAUCAGCCCAAGGCGAAAAAUCUGCGCCACAGCAUUCUCGGCAUGUUCAAGAAAGGUGAGGAGCCGGCGCACAAGUCUUCAAAGCAGGAGAAACCAUCGGAUGACCUCAGGCCCAGUAUCUGGAGACGCCUAUGCUGUCGUGGUUAG